AUGGUUAAAUUCAAUAAACAAUCUCAAACUUUUCCUAAAGACUCCAAAAGCAAUACAUGUAUAAAAUAUUUUGAAUUUAGAAUCUCAAGAUAGCAUAGAAAGUCUUAGUUAGUGUUCAAUUAUAAUCGAAGAAGGUGGUCCUCAUUAAGAAAAUUGUACCAUAUGCUUUAAAAAACUUUGCUCAAAAUGCUAUAAAUAAUUAGAACUUUUCCCUUCAAAGAGAAACUAAACUUUCUAAUGUCCAUAUUGUGAAGAAUUAAAGGAAUUGAAAAAUACUAUCCUAUGCUUUAUUGUGAAUACUCUCUAAUUGAUUAUUUUCCUUUCCCUCUCACCUCUAGUGGCAUUUGCACUUGCUCUGAAUAAAACUGAAAAGUUUAUACAAGAAUUAGAAACAAAAAUUGAUAGCAUUUUCAUAAUAUUGAUUGUUAACUUACUUUUCAGCAUACCUAUAUACUUUGGAGAACUUAUAAUUUGUAUUUUUAUUGCUCCAUUGAAAAUUUUCCAUGCUUUUCAUGAAGCCAUAAACAAUAGGGACUUUGUAAUAAUGAAAAGAGUUUUCUCGUAAUAAUGA